UGUGACUCGGACAUAUUUUGGCUGGAAUCGAGGGCGUGCUACCCGGGGACCGGGGUGCUGUCAAUCAUUAACCUUUUCCUCAGAAGCAUUGUGCAUUUAACGAGGACACCCCCGGCCUUUAAAAUUGUUCCAAAUCUUGGGCAAGCACAGCCCUGAAGAUGAAGCCCAAAGAAUUGGCUUUCAUGAUCCUAUUCACCAUCUCAGGAGAACUCAGUGCGGAAGACAAACCCUGCGGCCUGCCCCGCGUGGAGAAUGGGAGGAUCGCCAUCUAUUACUACACGUUCGAGAGCUUUUACUUCCCGAUGGCCGCAGACCAGACACUGUCCUUUUCUUGCCUGGCCGGCUACACCACGGAGUCGGGGAAGCAAGAGGACAAAACCACCUGCACGGCGAGGGGCUGGUCCCCCCCACCCAGGUGCUUCAAAAAGUGCGCGCGGCCCGCCCUGACCAACGGGCACAUCUCGGAGGCGAAACUGCUGUACGGCGUCCACGAGAAGCUGCGCUACACCUGCGCCUCGGGCUACACGACCCCCGCGGGGCUGGCCGAGGAGGAGGUGCAGUGUCUCCCCGACGGGUGGUCGUCCCCGCCGGCCUGCAGGGAGGAGCAGGACACGUGUUUGGCCCCUGAAUUACUUCACGGGAAUUACUCCACAACGCAGACCGCCUUCCGCCUGGGGGACAAAGUGCGGUACCGAUGCGACCUCGGCUACUACAGCACGAAGGGAGAGUCGGAGGAGGAGGCCGAGUGUCGUUCACACGGGUGGCUUCUCCCACCAUCGUGCACCAAAUUAGUAUGCACCCCUUUAACAUCAAUAGAAAAUGGUUAUUUUCAACCUGUCAAGCCGACCUAUGAAGAAGGAGAUGUGGUUCAGUUUUUCUGUCAUGAAAAUUAUUAUCUAAGUGGACCUGAUUUAGUCCAAUGCUACGAAUUUGGCUGGUACCCAGAAUUUCCUGUAUGCCAAGGGAGAAGAACUCGCUGCCCGCCUCCCCCGCUGCCUCCCCACGCCAAACUGAAGUCCAUGGCCGCCAGUUACCACGACGGGGAGGCCGUCUUCAUCGAGUGUCAGCCGAGCUUCCGGCUGCGGGGCCUGGAGGUGAUUCGCUGUGUCAACGGGAAGUGGACGGACCCCCCCAAGUGCAUCGAAGAAGCAGACAAGAUCGCCUGCGAUGAGCCGCCGGAGGUGCGGUACGGCGAAGCCAUCGGCACGGCCGAGACCUACUUCAACGGCGACCGCGUGGCCUACAGCUGCCAGGUCGGCUUUGACCUCCGUGGCCCCCGGGAGAUCACCUGUGAGCUCGGAACGUGGACAAGCCCCCCGCAGUGUGUCGAAAACUUUGAGAUUUGUCAGUAUCCACCUAAGAUAACCCAUGGGGUCAUUGUGGGCGACGUGUUGCCGAGUUACCCAACUGGAGCCUUCGUGGAGUACAGAUGCAACGAGUACUACAUCAUGGAGGGCGGGAAGAAGUCCUCCUGUGACCACGGGCUGUGGUCCGCCGCCCCACUUUGCUUAGAGCCGUGCGAGGUCAGCAAGGAGGACAUGGAGAGCAGCAACAUCGAGCUGAAGUGGGAGUACGAAGGGAAGGUGCUGCACGGGGACCUCAUAGACUUUGUGUGCAAACCGGGCUUUGACCUAGCACCAUCCAGCCCGCCGUCCGGGCUGUCGGCCCAGUGCAAUCGGGGCCAAGUGCAAUACCCCUUAUGCAUGAGGAAAGAAUCCAAAGGCAAGUGUGGGCCUCCUCCUCGUAUUGAUCACGGGUUCAUUCUUAACAUCAACCUCCUCAAUGUCAGCUUUGAAAGUGGUUCCUUGGUGGAGUACAGGUGUGUGACGCACUAUUUCCUACAAGGGCCCGUAUAUGCCUAUUGUGUAGAUGGAGUGUGGACCGAACCGCCAGUGUGUUUAGAGCCCUGCAACUUAUCGUUGGAAGAAAUGGACAGGAAUAAUUUGCUUCUGAAAUGGCACUAUGACAAUAGGCGACUUAUUUUGCAUGGCGAGUACACUGAGUUUGUCUGUAAAAUAAAUCAUUAUAUGACGGAGGUGUCUGCUUUUGCAACGGAACUCAGAGUAAAGUGUGACAGAGGGAAGUUAAAAUACCCAAGAUGCGUUUCAAGACGAAGGAUGCCAUAUUAUAAAGAGCCCUUUAAAAUAUGAAUGGCAGAAAUAAAAACCAUAUUUCAACACAUUGUAAAAUCCUUUGAGAAACAUAAUUUUUAGAAGAAAAUGGUUGGAUUAGAAACCUCUAAGUUUUAACUUGCCUGAAGAUUUGAAUUUCAAUUGUUUAUGACGAACAUUUUCUUUG